CUACCAGCCACAAUGCCUCCACGAAUAAGUCUUCAAUCUCUAGCCCAGAGAACGAGAACACCUCAUACCCUCCUCCAGCAUGAGAUACAAUCCCUCACAGCAUCCAUAUCCGCCUUCACCAGGUCAAGAUCAAUGGCCUCCGUUGCACCAUCCGCCGCCGCAACCUCGAUGUCACCAGAAGUCCUCCAACCGCUCUCCCACCGACGCCCCGAAUAUCGCAAAUCCCAACUCCACCGGCAAUACGCUUCGAUCCUACGAACGAUGCCAUUGAUCAUCUACUUCCAGCAUAAUAACCUACAAUCCACCGAAUGGGCCAACAUCCGUCGCGAACUGACCAAGGCAUUGCGUAAAGUUGACGAAAAGAAUGCCGCAAUGGGUAGUUCCGAGCCAGCGAUUGCGGACGCUAUCAAGCUACAGAUCAUCCAGACGUCUAUAUACGAAACAGCCAUGAGAGUGGUGGAUUUCUACCGUCCGGACACUGCUGCUUUUGGAGGAGAGGGACCGAUACUGGAUAAGGAAGAUCCUCGAUUAACGCAUGAUCUGUCCUACUCCGCUUAUAGAGCUGUGCUGUCUAAACGUGGACAACACGGAUUUUCUACUCUGCUUGUGGGACCGAUUGCUACCCUUUCGUUCCCUUCUGUAUCGCCGGACCAUCUACGUGCUGCGUUCUCUAUACUGGCGCCGACAGGCAAGAGCGGUCUGUUCCCUCCGCCUCCUCGUAAGGCGAAUCCUGGCCUAUACGACCUUACUACUCAGGCUGGACUACAGAAGUUGAUGCUGUUGGGUGCCCGAGUGGAAGGAAAGCUGUUUGACGCUGACGAGACGAAAUGGGUUGGCAGCAUUGAGGGUGGAAUAGGAGGACUGAGAGCUAGAUUGGUCGGUAUGCUGCAAGGCGUCAGCUCCGGACUGGCGAGAACUUUGGAGAGUGCUGGGAAUAACGUCUAUCUUACUCUUGAGAGUCGGAGGAGCGUGAUGGAAGAAGAGCAGAAUGGCGGCAAAAAGGAGGAACAGUCAGAGCAGAAGUAG